AUGAUGAAAAUUGUGAGCAAGUUGAAGAUCAGGUUGAUAAUGAUAUAUCUAUCAGUCAACCUUCUACAUCUGUGCCUAAGAAAAAAAAAAGAAAAUGUGACUCCUUUCCAAAAUUCUUUGCUAUAUGCCUUAAAAAAUCCUCCAACUACAGUAGAAGAUGAUUCAGAUAAACAAUUUCUGCUUUCAUUUUUGCCAGGUAUUAAACGGUUUACAGAAGAUCAAAAAAUGGAAUUUAAAUUUCAAUUCCAUCAGUUGUACAGAAACUUUAUAAGAAGUAUCACAGCAGUACCUCAGGCUACUCACAUUCAUCCUAAUUAUUCUAAUUCCACUAAUAUUACAAACACACCAUAUCAAAUGCAACAUCAAUAUUUUUCUCAAAACACUCUUGCUCAACCCCAACAGUCUAUCUGUCAACAAGAAAAUUAUCGAAUUUCAACACCACAACCUUCAUCAUCAAGAUAUAUUAAUCAACAACCAUAUCAACCUCCAUUACAUACACCUUCGUUCUCGUCCUUCCCCCUUCUACCAUCUGCAUUUUUAUCCACUGGACCUAAUCAGUCAGCUCCAUAUAUUCAUCUGUGCGAAUAA